CGUGGUCAAAAGGUUCCCACUUGCGGCGCUCAGAGGAUCGGCAACAGGCGGCUCUCCAGCCCAUUAGUCCGCACACGACAAGAGUAGAGGUGAUUCAGACGGACAGAAUGUGCCAGAAGCCUUGAAGAUAAACUAAAGGCUUGGAUGAUACCUGAUUUCCUUUGAUUGUUGAACGUACACCUGGUGCCAUGGCCUGUCUCAUGAGAGCUGAAGCAGCACUGCUGAGAUGUAUGUUGCUUUUUCUCUACCUGAGUGUCUGCUCGUGCCAGCGUGACUGCACUGGUGUGGACUGUCCCCUGCUGGACAACUGUAUCGAGGAAGUACUGGAGAGUGGCGCCUGUUGCGCUUCAUGCUUACAAAAAGGAUGCACAUGCGAGGGUUACCAGUACUAUGAUUGCAUCAAUGCUGGAUUCAAGAACGGCAAAGUGCCUGAGGGAGAUUCCUACUUUGUGGACUAUGGCAGCACAGAGUGCUCCUGCCCUGUGGGAGGAGGCCGGAUCAGCUGCCACUUCAUCAGCUGUCCUGACCUACCACCAAACUGCAUUGAGGUUUUAGAACCUGAAGAUGGUUGCAUGCAGUGUGAACGCAUCGGGUGUGUCCAAGGCGGGCAAAAGUAUGACGCUGGGCACUCCUUCCACAUUGAGCCCUGCCGGGUCUGCCACUGCCCCAAUGAAGGGGGGAAGCUGAUGUGCUACUCUGUACCUGACUGUGAUUCAGAGAAAGCUCCAGCGACAAAGGAGGACACAGUCAGAAGGCCAGGUUACCCCAACAUGUUUGACCAACAAGGCAAUACAGAUCAAUUCUCAACACCAUACCACCCUCUUCCUAAUGGGAAUCUUCCUCUUUUCAAAUCACCGUUGGAUAAGGAGCCAGAAGACUAUGAUUAUAGUCCUACAGACCUUCCAGAGAAAUACCCUCAAUCUCUGGUCCUCCCCACCCAGUCCUUUUCCUCCAACAAGGUCAUAUCUGUGUCUGGAGGCUCUGACAGGUCUGACAGAACCUCUGCACUUCAGAGUUUUGACAGACAUGGCAAGCUGGAGCUGAGAGAGCAUUAUGGAGUUCAUGACCAUCCUACAGACAAAGAGGAAGUGACAGAAAAUCCCCCGGGAGAAGAGCAGAGUACCGCCAGGCCACAUAUGCACGAGGACACCACUACUUCCUGGCAGCCCUCACAGGGUCUGACAAGUCCACAAAGUGUCUCAUUCAGUGAUCUGAGUCGACAGACAGAUUUAGAGAAUCCACUGCAUGCACACAGGAGUUUGGGUGCUGACAUAUUUACAGUAAACCAAGGUUUACAGGGUGAAACACACUCAGAGUAUCCACAUAUGAGUUCAGAGAGUGUAGUACAUCAUCAAAAAAGCUCUGAGACGCAAACACAUCACCAAAAUGCAUCAGAUAGUGUUACACCCAGAGGUUCAAGCAGUCGGAUCGACGUUAGUCAUCCAGUCAGAGGUACAGAGAGUAACGUCAAUCAGGAGAGACAAUCAGAUACAGUGAAUUUCCCGACAUACACGCAGAGAAGUCCAGAGAGCGUGAUCCAUCCCCAGGCAAGUUCAAAUGGUCAAAAAGAAUUACAGGGGACAGUCACACCAGAUGGUGAGGAAGGGGUGGAUGCAGAAGAGAUGGAGGAGGAGGAGAAGGAGGAGGAGGAAGAAGAAGAAGAAGAAGAAAUGGUAACUUUUCCAAGUGUCAUUGAGCCUGAAGAAGAGGAUGUGUCCUUUAAGAUAAAGACAGAGGGGACGGAGAGCAGCGACCCAACCAGCAGCUACAAAAAGACCACACCAGAGCCCGGGACCAGCUCCCCCACGGGGCCUGACUUCCACACGACCCCCAUGGUCCAUUUUAUCACAACCACCAGCACCCAGCUGCCGGUCAGGGUCAAAAUGGAUGAGAGUCAGCCCAGCAGAAAGCCAGGUCAAAGGCUGGUUAAACCUCACAGUGAGGACAGGGAGGGGGUGAAAGAAAGAGUGACGGAGGAAGAGGAGGAGAAAGAUCGGUCCAUUUUACUCAUCAAACCUGAUGAAGGUCCAGGUGUCUCUGCUGAAGACCUGCUGCAGAGGUGCUGUGCUGCUGGCCAGAGAUUGGCCACUGAAAACCUCCACUGCAACCACAUGCCUCUAUUGAGCAAUGACAAUCACUCCAUAUGCAGUGCUGUACAGAAGCACUGCUGCCUCAGCUCACUGAAAGAGAGCCAGUGUGAGUCAGGUAUGACUUCAGCCAGAAGAGGGGACGCCUGUGAAGUGGAUCAGGAGGAUCAGUGCACAGAUGACUCCUACCAGGUGUGCUGCAGCUGCUGUGCCCUCGGUUUACGGAUGCGCGGUGAAGGAUGGGACUGCGAUGGCCACCAGUACCUGGGCGACCCGUGUGCUCACGUCUUCUUCACCUGCUGCAAGGAAGAGGAAGGUCCGAGCCAGAUCCCACUGAAGAGAAAGCAGAAACCCAGACCAACUGCUGUGCCGAGAAGAGUUUCAGAAGGGAAGUACCCCAAGGAGGCCCUCUCCAUCAGUGCCACAGAUGAAGCUGCCAAUGUGGUGCAGGAGCACGAGGAUGUAGAUGAGUGUCAGCUGUAUGCAGGCCAGCUGUGCCAACACAAAUGCAUCAACAUCUGGGGCUCCUACCGCUGUGAAUGCCACCAGGGCUACGUCCUGCAGCAAGACAGACACUCGUGUGCACCAGUGAGUCCUGAUGAGGACAACAGAGUCAGAGAGGACACUCCUGCUGUGGCCCCAACACAAACCACUGCUACCGCUACCAUCACGACCAGUACUACCAGCACCAGCCCUGCCCGCCUCAAUCCAUGUGCAGAAAAUGGUCCUUGCAGUCAGCAGUGUAUGGUGGUGGCAGGCCGGGCUCGCUGCUCCUGCUUCCCAGGCUUCUCACUGAUGACAGAUGGACACAAGUGUGAAGAUGUGGAUGAAUGCGUGACCAACACCCACAGCUGUGGAGCCAGUGAGCGCUGUGUGAACACAGUGGGUUCAUUUGUAUGCGAGCUGCAGGUCACUUGUCCUGCAGGCUACCAGCGGAGGAACAGUGUUUGCGAAGAUGUUGAUGAAUGUGUGCUGCGAACCCAUAACUGUGGAGUGGGCUUUGUGUGUGAGAACACAGUGGGCUCUUUCCUGUGUAAUCCCAAACAUAAGUGCAUCAGCGGCUUCACACAGGACUCUCAUGGCAACUGUAUUGACAUAAAUGAGUGCAACAGCCUGAGUGAGCCGUGCAGCUCAGGCUUUAACUGUAUCAAUACAGUGGGCUCCUACACGUGCCAGCAGAAGAUCAUAAAGUGCAGCCAUGGAUACCACGCCAGCCCCGACGGAGCCAAGUGUGUCGACAUUGAUGAGUGUCAGAUGGGGACACACCGCUGUGGAGUGGGCCAGAUCUGUCACAACCUCCCUGGCAGCUACCGCUGUGAUUGUCAGACGGGCUACCAGUAUGAUGCUCUCCGCAAAGGCUGCACUGAUGUAAAUGAGUGCUGGCGCUAUCCUGGCAGGCUGUGUGCCCAGACCUGUGAAAACACCCCAGGCUCCUACCACUGCUCAUGCACAGCUGGCUUCUCUCUAGCAUUUGAUGGCAAGAACUGUGAAGAUGUUAAUGAAUGUGAUAAAAAUCCCUGUAGCCAGGAGUGCGCCAACAUCUACGGCUCUUAUCAAUGCUACUGUCGCCAAGGCUACUACCUGAAAGAGGACGGACACACCUGUGAAGAUAUUGAUGAGUGCUCUCAGAGCAUCGGGAACCUCUGUUCCUUCCAGUGUGUUAACGUUGCAGGCAGCUACCAGUGUGCCUGUCCUCCUCAGGGAUACACCAUGUCGGCCAACGGACGCACCUGCAGAGAUAUUGACGAGUGCACAUCUGGCAGCCACAACUGUUCAUAUGGACAGACCUGUUUCAACCUGCAGGGAGGCUUCAGAUGUCUCUCCUUCGAAUGUCCUCAAAACUACAAGAAGGUGUCAGACACACGCUGUGAGCGGAUCAGCUGUCCCAGCAACUCCGUAGACUGUCACAACUCUCCUGUGCGAAUCACGUACUACCAGCUCAGCUUCCAGACCAACAUCAUCAUUCCAGCACAGAUCUUUCGAAUCGGACCUUCCCCCGCUUACUCUGGCGACCACAUCGUCAUCGGCAUCACCAAGGGCAACGAGGAGGGCUACUUCAACACCAGGAAGCUAAACAGCUUCACGGGUGCUGUCUACCUGCAGAGACAGGUUCGUGAGCCCAAAGACUUCCUAAUAGACGUGGAGAUGAAGCUGCUGAGGCAGGGCACGUUCACCUCGUUCCUUGCAAGGAUCUAUGUCUUCAUCACAACCAGCACAGUGUAAACCCAAACCGAUUGAGGAAGAGACUAUUUCGUAUGGUGCUAAAUGUUUUAUACAUGUGCAGACUCUUUAGGUGAUGCCUCCCCACAUUCAAACAUAUUCAAGGUUCUUGUAAAAUGUUUUCAAACUGGUUUUCUGCUUAUUUCUCUGCAGACGUGCUACAACAAUCAUAUUUCCUGAGAAACCUUGUAUUUGUAUGUACCUAUGUAUUUUUCAGCUUGACUCUUGCUCAUGUAAUUUAGCUUUGAUGCACCACUGUUACAAGAGUUUUACACAGUUUGUUCAUAUGGACAAAGUCCAAGUCUGGGUCGAUGGUUUGUGCUCUGCUCUACCCUCUACUCUUUUACCUCCAUGUAAAUUGUUAAUUUCAUGAGAAUUAUUCCUUAAAGUCUGAAGAUACCAUUAAACCAUCGAAGCACUAGAAGUUAAGGGCACUGUGUCGGCCCGAAAAUGACAAAAUGUACUGAAAGUUUAUUUUGAUUUGUUAGUGAAAUAAUUAGACUGGAGUGUAAAAAGAAAGUUUUAUAUUUUUCCUUUAACCUCUGAACAGUUUGUUUACCACCAAUUACGGGACAGAAUAAACAAGAAAAAAAUUAUAAAUUAAAUUAAAACCUAAUUUAUUUUUAUUUAUUUUACUUUAUUUUAACCCUUUUAACACCUUUUUUUAAUUUAGUUUUAUUUUAUUUAAAAAAGAUAUAAUUUUUAUUUUUUUUAUUGGUCAUGGAACAAAUUUAUCUGACUUGUUUACUUUAAAAAAGAAAUACAAUUUCAGUCAUCUCUGUGAUAGACUGGCCUGUCCAGGGUGUACCCCUCGCCUAUGUCAGCUGGGAUUGGCUCCAAGCUGGCUAAGGUGCAUCACCUUAGGAGAAUAAGUGGUAUGGCUAAUGAAUGAAUGAAUUUCAGUUUAUUUUACCAAUUGACCAGAGAUUAAAGGAAAAUUCUAAAUCUUCAUGUUUCUUUCUACACUAAGUAUUUAAGAGUGUUAAUUAUUGAUGUCUUAAGUUCCACUUUUUAUUUACUUUUCUCAGUUUUGGGCCUCAGCAGUCACCCAAUUUAUAAUGUGGUUAGAAAAAAGUAGCAGAUCCCUCGUAUAGUACAUUUUGUUCAGUAUUUGGUGUAUAUUAUUUUUUUAUAGAUGUGACCUGGUUAAAUGUAAGUGUUGAAAAUUCAGUGCACAUCACACAGAAAACAUUCAUGUAAGGUAAAUUUCAGCCGUGAGAAGAAUAAUGUAACGUUACUGAUGAUCAUGUUAUUGUUAUGUGUUGUACUCUUCACUCUAUUACUGGACAUAUCUUUCUAUGUUACUGUGUUGUAAUUAUCUCAGGGUCAAAAUCAUGCAGUCUCAUAUACGCCGGACAAAUUCCUGUGUCGUGUGCAGGAAUAAACCAGUCUGCUGAUGUAACUCCAGACUGGCCUCACACAGCAUGUGCAGUUUCAGCUGUCACAUGACAUUUAUAUCUAUAAACCAAUCAAUAAAUGAUGAUCAAACUGUUGUCAUUUGCUCAAUAAAAAUUAAGAUUAAAUUUUA